AUGCCCCAUUCACACCAAAGCUUAAUGGAAGUUAUCUUAGUUUUCUUUAACUCGACGUUAAACCCUUUUCUCUAUUGCUGGAAGAUUACUAAAGCGAGACGAGCAAUGAAGCAGACAAUCCGACAUGCACUUUGCUGUCCAUGGAGUUAGACCAUCCUCGAGUUAUACACCUCCGCAUAAAUACUUUUAGCGCAAAGCUGACCGAUAGAGAACGCUCGUCGCUUAAAUUUUUGCUCGAGGUCUGUCGAUAGUAUUUUUUGCUAGUCACGUAAAACAAAUUAAAGGAAAGGUAAUGGAAACACAAACCAAAACUUUUAAAAAGUAUUUUACAUGCUACCAAACUUUACUUUGCAUGCAUCAAUCAUUAAUUAAAGGAAAGAUAUACUUGCACAAGAGAAUAUAUAAUCUCUUACAAUCUCAUGACGUAACUUAUACUCUAUAAGAAAGCGAAAGAAACAAUGGCUUUAUCCACUUGUUUGGUAGAUGAGUUGCAUCAACCAACAAUUUUUUUUCCCUGCGGUUUACAUUCUCCUCUCCAUCACAGCAUCUCCUGACAACUCUCUUGUCCUUGUUAUAAAAAGUUGUAAACGUAAUUUUUUUUUUCAUCAGAAAAAUAUCCAUGUAGCUUAUGAAUGUUUUAAAAUGUAAUUGAUAAUGAUGUAAUAAAACAAACAUUGUGUAAGUGGGUGCAUGGAUUUAAAUCAAAACUUUCCUUUUCUUUUUGAAUUCUUUUCAAAAUCUUUAACUUUCCGAGAUUAAACGUUAUACUUCAUCUUCUCCGCUCAGCUAAAGGUGAAUUUCUACGUACCUGAGAGGACGGCGUUUAAAAUAAUUGUGAAAUGCUAAUAGUAUCAAAGAUGUCUGUCUGUACGUUUGACUCUUGAAGCUAUUUUUUUCCCAUUCUGGUGACUUUUCUUAAUGAACUUUCAUUGAAAGGGAGCUAAUCAAGUGUCCAUAUCAUCUGUGUGAAAUUAAUACUUCAAUCAUUAUCAGCCUCGACAAACUGAAAUUACGAAGAUCAAGCUGGCAACUUUGAAUGAUGUAAGAAAAUUUGGACUCGUGAAAUCUCCAUAUGCAUCAAACCAUGAAAACGUGAUUUAAUUCAAAUAUUAAAAAGUAGCUUGAAUCUGAGGGAUUGUUUAUCGCAUUUUGAUUGAGAAAAACUGAUAUUACAAUGUCUCUAUUUUUUCCUUUUACUGCUAUUUCAUCCGUGAGCCACCCCACAUGUUCCAACGGUCGAUCAGCUGAAAAAAGGAUGUUUUUCGCCCCAUAAAAAUGAUAUCACAGUUGUCUCUCUGUUUGCCUCUUGCUGCUAUUUCAUACAAGAGGCUCAUCACAGGUUCCGGAUAAAAAGAAAUCAACUCUUUGGCACAACAAACAAUUUUCUUACGUACUUUGAAUGAGCAAACGCUGAUGAGGAAGUCUCUAUGUGUUUAUUGAAGGAAGUUUCAGUCAUCGUCGCUCGGCGUAUGCAGUCUAAACGAAAUAUUUCUUGUUUCUAGUUACCUCAGUACAAGAAAAAAGGAACGAAUACAGAGCAAUGUCGACAACAGAGUUCACUAGCGGUGGAACACAAACGAAAACAUUUGAAGAACUGCUAGGCACCCUAAGAUUACAUCAAAGAUUUACUGUGGGUGAAGUUAGCAGUAGUUGUUUGUUUUGCACCAUCCUUCAUAGUGGUAACCGCGAUUGCACAUAGUAAAACACAUUCAUCUCAUUGGGUCACCCUAAGGGGAAUGACCGUUGUCUUGAUUUAUUUUAAAUCGACGUUAAACCCGUUUCUUUACUGCUGGAAGAUUAGGGAAGAAAGACAAGCAAUGAAGCAGACAAUCAGACAAGCACUUUGCUUUCCAUGGAGUUAG